AAAAUAAUUUUUUUUUCUGGUUUUGUAAACAUUGGGGCGUUUGCGGUUAUAUUGUAUUUAAAUAUAUAAAAUGCUAGAUUACGAAGAUGAUUACUUUCUCGAGGAAGACAAGAUCAGCAUGCUGUGUGCGUAGUCGGUUGUGAUGUGUUAGUGUGAGUGCAUGAGCCGCGGGCGCCAUGAACAGUCCGCGCUACGACUACGACUACCUGCUGCAGCCGGCCCCACUGGCGAUGGAGGACCGCAUGGGUAUGACCGUCACGUCCGGCAACGUGGCGCUCACCAAGGACAGCUCCAAUCUGAUCGGCAUCAGCAUCGGGGGCGGGGCCCCGCUCUGCCCCUGCCUCUACAUCGUGCAGAUAUUCGACAACACGCCGGCGGCGAAGGACGGCACCUUGCAGUGCGGGGACGAGCUGGUGGGGGUCAACGGCAUGUCUGUCAAGGGCAAGACCAAGGUCGAAGUGGCCAAGAUGAUCCAGUCUUCCAAGGGAGCACCAGAACGCCGUGCGCAGGAGGAGGUGACGGUCAACUACAACAAGCUGCACGCCGACCCGCGCCAGGGCAAGAGCCUGGACAUCGUGCUGAAGAAGGUGAAGCACCGCCUGGUGGAGAACAUGAGCACCACGACGGCGGACGCGCUGGGACUGUCGCGCGCCAUCCUCUGCAACGACACGCUCAUCAAGAGGCUGGAGCAGCUGGAGCAGACGGAGGGCGUGUACCGCGGCCUGGUGGAGCACGCCAAGGCCGUGCUCCAGGCCUUCUUCAGCCUGCUGCAGGUCUACAAAGCUUUCGGGGACACCUUUGCGGGCAUCGGGGUGCGUGAGCCCCAGCCGCGGGCCAGCGAAGCGUUCCGGCAGUUCGGCGACUACCACCGCCAGAUGGAGAAGUACGGCAUCAAGAUGCUCAAGACAGUCAAGCCCAUCUUGUCUGAUCUGGGCACGUACUUGUACAAAGCCAUCCCCGACACGAAGCUGACGAUCCGCAAGUACGCGGACACCAAGUUCGAGUACUUGUCGUACUGCCUGAAGGUGAAGGAGAUGGAUGACGAGGAGUACAGCUACAACGCUCUGCAGGAGCCCUUGUACCGCGUCGAGACGGGCAACUACGAGUACCGGCUGAUCCUGCGCUGCCGCCAGGACGCGCGCGCGCGCUUCGCCCGGCUGCGCUCGGACGUGCUGGUGAAGAUGGAGCUGCUGGACAACAAGCACGUGCAGGACGUGGUGUGGCAGCUGCAGCGGCUGGUGGCGGGGCUGGCACGCUUCCACGCCGAUACGCACGAGGCCCUGCGCGCGUGCGCGACCCUCUUCCCCGUCGAGGUGGACCUGGCCGGCUCGGCCUUCCUGUACCGGACCCCCGCCUGCGACGAGGCGGACGACGACGGAGACGACGAGCUGCUGCAGGCGGACGAGGCCAAGGAGGACGAGACCCUCAUCCCUGGCCUGACCGACUGAAGCUCCCCGGUCUCCGAGGACUGCAGUGGUGUCGCGGCGAGCCCCGCGCCCGCCUGGUCGUUCCGGCGACUUCCUGCCGCUGGUUCUCCGGGGAGCUAGAUCCGAACAAUAUACCAGAGAUUUCUUGGACUAAACCUAUUGCGUUUAGCUCAUCUUGAGAAUAAACACAGUGUUACUUAUUUCACACAUUCCAGUUUACCUAAGUUUUGUCGAACUGUAUUGUGAUCAAGUAGCGAAUAGAUCGGAUGCAGGUUUUCGCAGAAGCAUUUUGGCUCUGCCCCUGCAUUUAUUGUGUGGUUCGGUUGGGAGAGGGGGUCGUCGGUCUUGGCUCACUCCGUUUCGUGUCCAGCCGACACAGAUGUGUGCCCACGUGUCUAGCAAACCCCUUCAACCAAUAACAACGUAGCUGAAGUAUGAUUAGGUGGAGUCAGGCCGAUCAUGAAGGAAAACCCUGAAAGCUAGGCUAGGAAAUGUGUAUGCAACUUAAUAUAUAAUAUGUGUUAAGCCCUGUUAAAUAAACAUGGUGAGUUUUGAAUGACUACGUGUAUUUUUAAUAUAAAAUUAGAUAUUUUUAUGUAUUGUUACUAUUGGUUUUAAAUAAAUUAUGAAAUGCAUAGUAUACAA